GACACGCCCACAAACAAGACACUCCCACCCUGUAAUAUACCUCUGCAAGAUGGCUGUGCAAGUGCUACUACUCGAGAGCCCGGCGAGACCAGGCUACUAUAAGAUAGAGCUACACAAGACCGUGUGGGAGAUCCCUGAGAGGUACCAGGAACUGUCCCCCAUCGGCACUGGAGCCUAUGGAACUGUGUGCUCUGCCCUGGACAUGAGCUGUGGUGUGCGUGUGGCCUUAAAGAAGCUGGCUCGACCAUUUCAGAGUGCUGUACAUGCUAAGAGGACUUAUAGAGAGCUCUGUUAUCUCAAGCACAUGAAGCAUGAGAAUAUUAUUGGAUUGUUGGAUGUGUUCACUCCGGCCACUAGCUAUGAGGAGUUCCAGGAUGUUUUCCUUGUAUGUCAUCUCAUGGGCUCUGAUCUCAAUAACAUCAUAAGGCAGCAGGCCCUCACUGAUGAACAUGUGCAGUUCCUUAUCUACCAGAGCCUCAGAGGACUUAAGUAUGUGCACUCUGCUGGGAUUGUCCACAGAGAUCUCAAGCCCUCCAACAUUGCAGUCAAUGAAGACUGUGAGCUGAGGAUCCUUGACUUUGGUCUGGCUCGAGCUAAGGAUGAUGAGAUGACUGGCUAUGUGGCUACUCGAUAUUGGAGGGCACCAGAGAUCAUGCUCAGUUGGAUGCACUAUGGUAUGGAAGUGGAUAUCUGGUCCGUUGGGUGCAUCAUGGCAGAGCUGCUGACUGGACAAGUGCUCUUCCCAGGAACAGAUCACAUUGACCAGCUCAACAAGAUACUCAGAGUAAUAGGCACUCCAGAUAAAGACUUCCUAGAGAAGAUCACCAGUGAUACAGCAAGGACCUACAUUGAAUCUUUACCACACUUUCCUCGUCAAGAUUUCAGUACAUUCUUUAUGGGUGCCAAUCCUCUGGCUACUGAUCUCCUCGACAAACUACUUCAGAUAGACCCUGAUCGUAGAGUCACAGCAGAGCAGGCUCUACUUCAUCCUUAUCUGGCCAACUUUGCUGACCCUGAUGACGAGCCAGUGAGCCCUCCUUAUGACGAUACCUUCGAGAGACGUGAGCUAGAUCUGAAUGGCUGGAAGAAGCUCGUGUAUGAUGAAGUGAUGAACUUUGUACCCAACCACUCCUCUCCCCGGCAGUAGCAGUCCUUGAUGAUGACUCAUGUUUUAUCCAGUUAAAUCCAGUGCAUAGUGUGUAUGCAGAAUGAGUAUUUUUUGUGUGAUGUGUAUGCCUUUAAUAAACAAUUUUAUUAUGCUCUUUA